AAGCAGAGCCCUCUUAUUUCUCUUCUCUUCUUCCCCGUCGUUCCGACAUCUCAGCUCCUCGUACAAAGCCCCAAAUUGCACUAACCUCCCUGCCCCCUCGCCGGCGCGAGCGCCGUCCUAGGGUCUCCGCCGCCGCCCGGAUCCUCCUGUUCUCCUCUCGUCAGCGGCGAUGGCGUCAGCGUCGUCCCCUGCGGCGGCGGCGGGGGCAGGGGCAGGGGCAGGCGCCGGGGGCGGGAAGGACGACGAGUUCGCCGAUCUGGCGCGGCGCCUCGUGGAAGCCCUCGCGCGCUACGCUGAUCGCCUCCCCUUCGACCUCGAUCGCCAGAAACUUCGUUCGCUUACCACACUUGCUGCGAUUGCGAUCACACUUCUGUUUGCCUGGAAAUUGUUGAGAGCUCCUCAAGAGCAACCUCGGAGGCCACGCAGGAGGGCUGCCCCAUCAUCGAGCAACACAAGCAGUAUAUCACGGCCAGGACCAGGUGCUUUGAUCUCAACAGAUGCUUGCACAUCUUCAGCAGAUUCAAGAGCACAUGAAGCAGUCAAUCAGCUUUUCCAUCCAGUAAACUUGACUCUUGAGCAGCUUGUCAGGCAUAAGCUGAGCGAAGGACGAAGGGUCACAUGUCGGUUACUAGGUGUGAUUUUAGAGGAAACAACUCCAGAGGAGCUUCAGAACCAUGUCACAGUGAGGACUUCUGUUAUGGAGGUUCUCCUAGAAAUUGCAAAAUUCUGUGACGUCUAUUUGAUGGAGCGCAUUCUUGAUGAUGAAAGUGGGGAAAAGGUUUUGUCUGCCCUGAGUGAAGCUGGACUUUUUGCUAGUGGUGGCUUGAUAAAAGACAAGGUUCUCUUCUGUAGUACAGAAAACGGCCGCACAUCUUUUGUUCGGCAGCUCGAACCUGAUUGGCACAUUGACACAAGUCCUGAAAUUGUUCACCAAUUAGCAAGGUUUAUCAGAUAUCAACUGCACAUUUCGCCACAGCGACCAGAAAGAAUUGCAUCCAAUGUUUUCAGCUCUACAAGCCUGGAACAGUAUUUUGGAGGCCUGGAUCAGAGAUGAUACUAGGUCAAACUCCAGCAAGCUGUGGCAUAGCGAGAGCUGAGAAAAUCAUUGCCCAUCCCCCCCUCCCCCCUUGAAUGAUGGAACCCGUUUUUCCUGUAUCAUGUGUAAAAGUCUUGUGGCAUGUACUACCUUGUUAUGCAUUGAGUGCCCCAUGAGCUAUGGAAGGAGAUAGCAUCAGUAGCAUACUUGAUGUAUCAAUUUGUUCUUGUAUAACCAAAAUACUUAAUUGUCUGCCUGAUCCUCUUGCCA